AUGACUUACAAACGUAAAAAAUAUCAUAGAGGUGAUACACAUUUGAAAAAAGGUUGGCGAACUAAAAGAAGAACAAAAGAUUUAGAUGAGAUUGAUGAGGAUUUGAAAGACAAAAAUGUAAAGAAUCUACUAAAUCAAGAAGUAGAUUUUGAUAAACCAGGAGCUGGACAAUAUUAUUGUAUUCAUUGCGCGAGGUAUUUUAUAAAUGAUACUGCUUUACAAGAUCAUUUUACAACAAAAGUACAUAAACGCAGAUUAAAAGCUCUUGAAUUAGAACCUUAUUCUAUUGAGGAAUCAGAAAGAGCAGCUGGUAAAGGAAAUUACAUUAUUCCACAAAAAAGGAAAAUUGAGACUAUAAAUUAUACCAACUAUAAUAUGGAUGUUGAACCAGAAACUUCAUCACAAGUUAAAAUAGCUAAAGUGGAUGCAUAA